GGUAACAUUCUUUAGCAGACCUAUAUCUAUCUCAUGAAGACAUUGAUGACCGAAUGCCCAUAGGCACACUAUAAAUGCCUUUGACCGCGUCUCCUCUUUGUUUCUUCCAUUAUUACUCCAUAUUCACUUCAAGAUCAAAAUGAAAUUCGGAUAUAUUCACGCUUUUCUUAUUUUAACAUUUGCAGUAAUAUGGCUGAGUUUGCCCGUUUCUUCGGAAAAAUCAGAAAAAGAAGUUGAAGGACGAAGAUUUCUCAGUCUGGGUCCUUUCAGACCAUUUAUGCGAGUUCUUGGAAUGAUGGGUAUUCCAUUAUUGCCUUUAAUAUUAAUUCGUCAAUUAAUAAUGGGAAGUACAGCCACUAAUACUCAAACUUCUGGGGCAGGAGGUGGUCUUGGAAGCAUGGGUGCUUUAGGUAUUCUUGCCCCAUUUGGAGCUGGUGCUGGUCUAGGAGGAAUAAGGCCUUUGGGAGGAGCAGCAGGUGCUGGUGGAGGACUUAGACCUUUAGGUGCUGGAAGCCUAAGACCUUUAGGCACAGGAGGCCUUAGACCGCUUGGUGCACUUAUAGGAAAUGCUGUAGCUGAACAAGCAGCAUCAGCAGCUACAGGUGGUUCAAAUUCCUUAUUUUUGAAAAAAAGAUCAACAGAGCAAGAAAAGCCAAACCGUUUCUCAACAUUUCUCGGUGCAUUGGCAAAAUUUGAAAAAGUUGUUGACCAAUAUGAUUUAAGUGUGCCUGAUUGCCAGCGUCUGAUUGUCUGUGAAGUUCAUAGAAAGAGUAUAAAUCCAAGUUUUGGUUCUUUCACCGAAAAGUUAAUCCAAGCUUUUGGUGUUGAAGGUCGUUUAGAACGUUCCAGAUUUCCAUCUAGCACUAAAUCUGCACUAAAGGAUAUACUUAAAGCUGCAAGAAAUGGAUUACAACAAAGAGAUUGCUCGGCUAUUUAUUACAAAUGCCCAGUUGCUGUCACCGAACUAAGAAAAUCUGACGAUUCUCAUACUUAAAAUGGAUUUUAAAGUAUAUUUUGAACAGUGCUUAUUGUCUUAGUAAAUAGAAUAUGCACUUGAAGGAUACACGAUUUUUCAACUCUCCACACUUUUCCUUUGUCUGAUACCAUGAUUUCGGCAAAUCUUUCAUACGGCAGUACGUUUCAAAAGGAAGUCAGAUUAUACUUGCUUGAGAAAAAGGCUAUCCAAAAUCCUGAUAACAGAGAGGGUAAAAGUGUGGAGAGUGGAUAACCUUGAGACGCCUAUUCUAUUUAAAAAGAGUAUAGCAAGUCAACGCUAACAAGCGAUCUUUUACUUUGUAUAUAAAAGAGAUUUUGCACUUUCACGUAGCAUCUCGCACGCUCACGUACAUAAAUUCUGCGCAGCGCAGUUACUUGAAAAAAUUCUCGGUAGCACCGAACUUAUAUGCGUGAGCGUACGGGAUGCCACGUGGAGUGCAAAAUCUCUCUAAUUUUCAUCAUUUCAUUUGAUCAAGUUUUAAUCAUUUGUCAUUUUUCGCGUAUUUUGAAUAUCAUUUGAAUGAUCGUAUUGUAAAUUGAAAGUUUCGGGGUAUUUGGGAACUAUAUUUAUUAUUGUUAAUUUUACACAAAAGUUGUUCAAUAUACUGACGAUUGAUAAUUAUUAUUACAUAUAUUGUGUCUACUCCAAUAAUUAUCAUUUGAGUGUUUAAAUAACUCAUGAAAAUGCGAAAUACUAUGUGAGUUAAUUUAAUCUUAAAUAUAAAUUUUAUGUCAGCUGUGUUUUCACACACAAAAGACAAAAUAUAAAGCAAUAUGUAAAUUAUGUUGAAUUAAAAAUCUUAUUUUUAUCUUAAAAUGUGUAUCCAAGAUUUGUUUUCAGCUAUCACCAAAUUGUAAAUUUUGUUCCAUUUUACGCAAAACAGUUAUAUCUAAUUAAACAACUCAUCCUGAGUAAUACUUAAAUCAUGUGUUUUUUAUUUAAUAAAUACUUUUUUUUUACACAAGUUCUAAUUUAUUCAAGUUUCAUACCUUAUACCGAUUGAUCAGCUGUAAAAAAUAUUUUGUGCAGAAAUUUAUUGUAAAGUAAAAAUUUCAUUUUAAAUAAAUAUUUUUAAACUUUUAUCAAGUUAUUUUAUUGGUUGAUCAGAAAUCACAUCUGAAUCUAUUGUAUUUAUCAGACAAUGUGCCAUAUUUUGAAUUUAAUAUUUUUAUAAAUAAAGGGUCCUAUUAAAUUUAGCCCACGUCUAUAUCGAUAGAAAUGGUGAUACAAAUAUUGUUACAAUUUGUAAAAAUCAAUAUUUUGUUUGAUUAUUGUACGUCAUAUUAUUAUAAUCAUUAUAAUAGAAAAACUUUGAGAAAAGAAAACAUCACAAAUUGAAGAUAGUAAUUGAAUCUAUACUAAAUAACUAAUGAGCUUUUACUAAAUAAAAUAAUCUACAAUUAACUAAAAAAAAUUAGUUCAUUUGAAUGAAAUUUUUCCUUCAAAAAAUUGAGACUGUUGUUCCAUUUCUCUUUCUAGUGAUUAAAGUAUAAAAACUUACAUAAAAAAAUUUAAAUUAAUCAGAUUUUAUUUAAAAUUCAAAUAUUAAAUUUUUUAUAUUUCUUGUCUCUGGAACUCAUUAAGAUAAAAACUCAAUUUUCAUAAUUUUGAUAUUUACAUAUGAUAUGAGAAUCAGAAUUUUACAUUCGUCUUUUCAAACACCCUGUAUAUAUUUACCGUUCAUGUUAUAAAAAUAAUAUAAUGACAUACUAUUUUCAUAUUUUAUUGACUAUCACACUAAUUUCGAUACUUUCUGAGUGUUGUUGUACAAAUGAAAUACGUUAGCUAUCUUUCAUUACUAAAUUUUAAAUUCUCUGUAUUAAUCACACAUGUAUGUGAAUAUAUCAAACUUCCCUACAUACAAAGUUUAGAAAUAUAAAUAAUUUGUUAAAACUAUAAAAUAAGCAUAAAUUAGUUCUAAAGUAAUGUUAGAUUGUUUUAUUUAUACGUAUUUUGUAGUAUUUUGUUUCAGGAUAAACUAUAUGUAUGAUAGUAUAAACUAAACUAAAUGAAUGCAUUGAUUUGUGUAAGAAUAUUGACAAUUUAUUUUUGAUUACAAUAAAAUUCGUUUAAUUGUG